CCACGCCUUGGUAAUGACGUAAUCAUCACUCGACAAAACACAGCUGAGGCGCGAAUAAGUGUCUGUGCUGCCAUGACCCAGUCUGUUGUUGUUCAGGUUGGACAGUGUGGAAACCAGGUUGGCUGCAGGUUCUGGGAUCUUGCUUUGCGAGAGCACGCUUAUGUGAACAAGAGAGGAUUGUACGAUGACGCCAUCAGCAGCUUUUUCCGAAACGUGGAUUCAAGGAACAGUGAUGGUGGAGUUCAUGCUGUCGGAGGCAGAAUUCAACAUCUGAAGGCCAGAGCGGUCCUGGUGGAUAUGGAGGAAGGUGUGGUCAACGGGAUCCUGCAGGGCCCGCUGAGGGAGGUGUUCGACAGCACUCAGCUCCUCACAGACGUGUCAGGUUCAGGCAACAACUGGGCAGUCGGACACAUGACGUACGGCUCGGCCUACCGGGACCUGAUCGUGGACAAGCUGAGGAAGGCAGCAGAACACUGUGACUGUCUGCAGUGCUUCUUUCUCAUUCACUCUAUGGGAGGAGGUACCGGCUCCGGACUGGGGACCAGAGUGCUCAGCCUGCUGGAAGAAGAGUUCCCCGACGUUUGCCGCAUAGUCACCUCCAUGUAUCCGUCUGCUGAAGACGACGUCAUCACGUCUCCCUACAACAGCGUCCUGGCCAUGAGAGAGCUGACGGAGCACGCUGACUGCGUCCUGCCCGUGGAAAACCAGUCUCUGCUGGACAUCGUGAACAAGAUUAAUGUCAUGAGUCACGGUGGGAAGCCAGGGUUGAUGAUCAGGAGCGGCAGCACGGUCACCUCCGGACAGGGUGUGCUCGGUGGAGCAGAGAAGCCCUUUGAUUCCAUGAAUAGCAUCGUGGCUAACUUGUUGCUCAACAUUACCAGCUCAGCACGGUUCGAGGGUUCUCUCAACAUGGAUCUGAACGAGAUCGCCAUGAAUCUGGUUCCGUUCCCUCGCCUACACUACCUCGUGCCGAGCCUCACGCCACUCUACACGCUGGCCGACGUCAGCGUCCCCAGCAGAAGACUGGAUCAGAUGUUCAGCGACGCCUUCAGCAAAGACCACCAGCUAAUCCGGGCCGACCCGAAACACGGGCUCUACUUGGCCUGCGCGCUCAUGGUCAGGGGCAACGUGCAGGUGUCCGAUCUCCGCCGGAACAUCGAGAGGCUGAGACCAUCGCUGCCCUUUGUGUCGUGGAACCAGGAAGGUUGGAAGACGGGUCUGUGUUCAGUGCCUCCUGUGGGUCACUCCCACUCCCUGUUGGCUCUGGCCAACAACACCUGUGUGAAGCCCAUAUUCAUGGAGCUGAGAGAACGCUUCAACAAGCUCUACAGGAAGAAGGCUCACCUACACCACUACCUGCAUGUGGAGGGGAUGGAGCAGAGCGUCUUCUCAGAGGCCAUCUCCUCCGUCACCGCACUGAUAGAGGAGUACCAUCAUCUGGAUGUGACCAGCACCAGACUCACACCCGAUGUUGCCAGACUCUGCAUCGCCACAUGAAGGUCUGCUCGGUGGGAAGUCUGUGCAGCUGUCUCAUUCAGACACUUUCAAAUCUUUUGUAUACACUUUUAUAAAUUAUAUAUUAUGAUUUAAUUAAUGGCCUGAUUAAAAUGCCCUCCCUCCCUCUGAAACAAUAAAUGAGUUUAACUCAGUCUGUAGCUUGCUGCCUUUCAGG